AUGAAGAAAAGUAGGAGUGUAAUGACUGUCCCUACAGAUGGUAUUGUUAAAGAUUAUUUGGAAUGUCGUCUGAGCAAGUCUUAUAGUGCAUCUAGCCACACUCUUGGCAUAGAUCUCUGGAGGGGAAGAAGGUGCUGCUCUGCUAAUUUACUAUUACCACCGUUAUCUCAAAGACAGAGUGAAAAAGCAAGAACACCAGAUAACAUUUCUAGGCCCACAACUUUGCCUUUAUUGACGCUUCCUAGUAUUGCCAUCACUACUUAUCAGGAUAGCUUUGAUGUUGAAAAUGGCCCCUCACCUGGUCGUAGCCCACUUGAUCCUCAGGCUGGCUCUUCUUCAGGGCUUGUGCUCCACACCACAUUUCCAGGGCAUAGCCAACGUAGAGAGUCAUUUCUUUAUCGAUCGGACAGUGACUAUGACCUGUCACCAAAGACCAUGUCACGGAAUUCUUCUGUUCCAAGUGAACAACAUGGAGAUGACCUGAUAGUGACACCAUUUGCACAGGUCUUGGCAAGUUUAAGAAGUGUAAGAAAUAAUUUUACAAUACUGACUAAUCUGCAGGGAACAGCAAACAAGAGGUCUCCAGCAGCAAGUCAGCUACCCAUCUCCAAAGUAAACAUUCAAGAAGAAUCUUAUCAAAAAUUAGCAAUGGAAACUUUGGAGGAAUUGGACUGGUGUUUAGACCAACUUGAAACUAUUCAGACCUAUCGAUCUGUUAGUGAGAUGGCAUCCAAUAAGUUCAAGAGAAUGUUAAACCGGGAACUGACACAUCUUUCAGAAAUGAGCCGAUCAGGGAAUCAAGUCUCUGAAUAUAUUUCGAAUACUUUCCUAGACAAGCAGAAUGAUGUGGAGAUUCCUUCUCCUACACAGAAGGACAGAGAGAAAAAGAAGAAGCAACAGGUUAUGACACAGAUCAGUGGUGUAAAAAAGUUAAUGCACAGUUCCAGUUUGAAUAACACUAGUAUUUCAAGAUUUGGUGUGAAAACAGAAAAGGAAGAUCAUUUAGCUAAGGAGCUAGAAGAUCUGAAUAAAUGGGGAUUGAAUAUAUUUAAUGUUGCAAGAUACUCACACAGUAGACCUCUCACUUGCAUUAUGUAUGCUAUUUUCCAGGAAAGAGAUCUACUGAAGACAUUCAAAAUCUCAUCAGAUACCUUUAUAGCUUACAUGAUGACUUUGGAAGACCACUACCACACAGAUGUAGCUUACCAUAAUAGUCUCCAUGCAGCUGAUGUAGCCCAGUCGACUCAUGUUCUUCUGUCCACACCAGCUUUGGAUGCUGUAUUCACUGAUUUAGAAAUUUUGGCAGCAAUUUUUGCAGCAGCAAUUCAUGAUGUAGAUCACCCUGGUGUCUCCAAUCAGUUCCUUAUUAAUACAAAUUCUGAACUUGCUUUAAUGUACAAUGAUGAGUCCGUCUUGGAAAACCACCAUCUUGCUGUUGGUUUUAAACUUCUACAAGAAGAGCAUUGUGACAUCUUCCACAAUCUGACCAAGAAACAACGUCAAAGUCUCAGGAAAAUGGUGAUAGACAUGGUCUUGGCAACAGAUAUGUCCAAGCACAUGUCACUUCUGGCAGAUUUAAAGACGAUGGUAGAAACUAAAAAAGUUACAAGUUCUGGAGUCCUCCUGCUAGAUAACUACACUGAUAGAAUACAGGUUCUCCGAAAUAUGGUCCAUUGUGCUGAUUUAAGUAAUCCUACCAAAUCUCUUGAACUCUAUCGGCAGUGGACAGAUAGAAUUAUGGAGGAGUUUUUCCAGCAAGGGGACAAAGAACGGGAGAGGGGAAUGGAAAUCAGCCCAAUGUGUGACAAGCACACAGCUUCUGUGGAGAAGUCUCAGGUGGGAUUCAUUGAUUAUAUUGUUCAUCCACUUUGGGAGACCUGGGCAGACCUAGUACAGCCCGAUGCUCAAGAUAUUUUGGAUACCCUGGAAGACAACCGUAAUUGGUAUCAAAGUAUGAUCCCUCAGAGCCCUUCCCCUCCCCUCGAAGAACGCAGCCAAGACUGUCAGGGCCUGAUGGAGAAAUUCCAGUUUGACCUUACUCUUGAAGAGGAAGACUCCGACGGGCCUGAGAAAGAGAGUGACAGUAUCCAUUACUACAGCAGUACCAAGACACUUUGUGUCAUUGACCCAGGAAAAAGGGAUUCCCAGCAGGACACUAAUAUAGAGAUUGUGACAAAAGAUGCAUCGCUGAUUGAUACUUAACAUUACUGUAUCCGUCAUGGUGAUUUUAUUCAUGCACAUGAAGAUUGUCUCGUGUGCUAUAGCCUGAAAGUCUAGCUGUUAGGCCAGCACCUGUUAUUGGCUAGAAGACUUUCCAAUUACUCGAGAUUGGAGCCAGGGUUACAGAGUGUGUAAUGACUGCUCAGGAAUUAACAGGUGAUAUCUACUGCAGCUUAAGUU